AUGUGGAGUCUACCAGCCGAUGAACACACUUUGGACAAAGCCAAGUUCAUAAGCUCUCCGUUUUGCUCAUACUCAUCGAGAUGUCACCGAAAAAAUGAACUAAGUAACUACCUCUUGAGUGUCGAAGUUGAAGGCAAAGUCUCGGUACUGAUGGGACUCGCUUCUGCCUCGGCAAAGUAUCGCCACAAAGAGGAGUCUUCGAUAAAGCGAGAGGUGUUUUCUUUAUCCUUGUCAGUUUAUGCAAGAAAAGGUUAUCUUGUUCCUGAAGCUCAUACGAAGUUCUCGGACCAAGGCGGAGUAGAUUUCGAUGUUGAAGCGAGGGAAAUUGGCAUGGAAGAUAUCUUAAUUGUCACUUCAGAGCACGAGAGGUAAGCAAGAUGGGGGACGAAAACUGAGAUAUCUAUUCGAUUCUCUCGCUCUUAGCAGCCUUUCGUUUUAGUUUAAUUAAAAAUCUUUUUUCAAAACUAAGUUUAUUAAUAAAUCUUUCCCAUAACAGGAGUGAGCUUAAGCGUAAGUUCUUUGACUUCCAACAUGAAAGACGGUGCUCUUCUCAGUGUCCUUGGAGCCGCGUGCUGCUUGCUUCCGCAAACUAAUUAUAAACAGACCUGGCACACAGGUUUCCGUACUAGGUGUGGAAUUAAAUGAAAUAACGGGAAACCUUAAAGCUUAUUGUUUUUUUUUUCCGAUGACAUUGAACAAUACUCAAAAGUCUGCAGUGAAAGACGUCAAUAAAUGAUGAGGCGACCUGCAAAGAAAACAGAACGAAACAGGGUUGGAGUAACUCACUGUAAACUGUAAAGUUUAUUGAAUUUAAAGUUUAUUGUCAUCCUAAUAUACAACUCUUUUUUGGAGAUUAAUGACAGGCAACUAAUUACCCGUAGAAACCUGUACAUAUUUUAAAUACAAUUGACUGAUAUUGAAACUUUUCUUGUUCAAAUUGUAGAGAAGAAAAGAAAACAGAGGAUACAGUGGAGGUCAAAGUAACAGUACUCUUCUUUUCUAUCUCCGCAAAGUUGGAACAUAUUCACGAGAGUUCGGAGGUCAAAGGAUUUGUUAGGAUUGAUCAUUAUUCAUCUCAAACCAGAAACUGGACGAAGUGGGAAUUUGACGCUGAUUCAUUUGAAGAAGCAAUGACCGAAGUUAAAAAGCUUGAGACACAUAUGUAUAAUAUUCCAAACAUUGUUAAUCGUAUGCCUCACACAAAGCUAUUUGCCCUCCGCAUACUGGUCACGCCAAAUGUUGGAGACACGUUUAAGGUAGCUGUGUACCUUGAACUGGAAAAGAUGUUAAAAGAACUUCAAGUAAUGUCUGUAGCAUCGUCCAAGUGCCCUAUUGAUUUCGAAGUUGACAAAAUCAAACGGUCACUUAAAGACUUAAAAGGCUCUGGGAUGGAAAAAUAUUUCUUGGAAAGGCUAGAUCAAGUAAGGCAGAGUAAAUCUAGAGCCUGA